UGCUUGUUCCUGAGCUGUGUGUGGAGAGCGAGCGAGAGAGAGAGGGAGGGAGAGAGUCAGGGAGAGGGUGACGACAGAGUGAGCAGGGAACAGCAGCAGGGCUGGAGGCUUCAGCCAUGUCAGUUUUCUCUACAACACUGGACAGACGAUGAGAAGAGAGGAACCAUGGCCUUGUCACUGAGUGCAGACGAAGAGGAUUAUGAUUCAGAAUCUGAACAGGUCAGAGAACAGAAUGUUAACACCGACCACGUUGGGUUUCUAAUCUGCAUGCUGUUUUGUCUUUCUCAAGGGGGGGGGCUUUAGACCAGUAAUCCUGUGAGUAGAAUGUAUUUUCUCUCCCCACCUUCUAUCUCUUUAUUUUCUCUAUCUCCACUCACUCGGCACCAUAAGCAGGAAUAGGGUAAUCAUUUGAAUAGGGAAUGGAUGGAGAAGGGAAACAUGGUUUGUUGUUUCAGUAAGAGAACUAAUCCACUGUGCAAGAGAUAGCUAUUUAAGAGGUCAUAGAGACACCUUCUCCUGUCCCUGGCUCAUGUUGUUGUAUCCAGACGACCUAUCUCAGACCCUAGCAAGAAAAGAAUGAGCUGCUCACCAAAGUAGUUAUUUCAUCCCCAUAAUUGCUUGGCUUUAAAUGUGAUCCAGUAUGAAAAUGUAUGCACUCACUAACUGUAAGUCGCUCUGGAUAAGAGUGUCUGCUAAAUGACUAAACAUUUAAAUAAAAUCCAGAAUCCUCUCACCUUUGGAACAAACCUUUCUCAACAAAAACCCUGAAGAAGACACAUUGCCCCUCUCUGUUGCCUACUAGCUAUUUGUCACACACUGAGCUGUCAGAUUGUGUUCUUGGUCAAGUUACUGUGAUCAUGGAAAGGGAUUGGUCAUUGUGACUGGUAUUUUUGUGUGAACAGUCAGGGUGUGGGAGAGUAGUGUAGGAGGCAGCAUGACUAUACAUGUGAGGCCUUUCACUACACUUCACCUGAGGCUCAGUGUUGACUGUUUCUAAAACUAAAGUAAAUAGAUUACGCUAAAUCAGGCCAUGCCUGAUGUAGCACCAUUGUCACAUUCAGGUCUAGCUCUCUUGACAGACAUACUUAUUCCUUCCAUGUCUAACUAUCUGGAUCACUGAGAAAGAAAACUCAUAUCCUGUGAAUUGUCCUUCAUUGCUCAUACUCACACCUCACCAUGCUCUGUGCCUUUAAGAGGGCUGGAGGCAAUGUUGUUUCGCAGGAACUGAACUGAACUGGGGAGGGGGAUGGGGAGAGGGAACAAUGAGCUGCUCUUACAGCGAUUGACCGCUCUUAACUGUUUGGAGACUUUUCGUUGUAGGUUACCUUACAAUAGUGCUGAGCUAUUAACCGACAUGUCGUUUUUUUUCGGUUAUUAAACAACAGAUUGACCGACAUUGGUUAAAUUACUUUAAACCCAUUUAGGUCGGUUUUUUGUGAGCCCAUUGCGCCGUUUCUCAAGGGAAAUAAAAUCCUUUAAGAGUGAAAUCAAGUCAAGAACUAUGCGGGACGCUGGGCUGAAGGGAGUUGUAGUGUUCAUGAAGCAAAUAUUCAACGUGGUAAUUAACUAGGUUUCCAUCCAAUUUGCGACAUAUUUUCAUGAAAAUAUUCGAAAAUCUGCAUAAAACAAUAUGCACAUUUUACCACCAGAGAUGUUUCAAUCAAACUGACUUUUUGCGGAUAAAAGGCUCGGCGUCAUGACGUAGCGCACAUAAACAUUACUUUUACCAUUAGAAUGAAACAGUUAAAUGGGUUUCCAUCGCAUUUUCAACUCUACUGAUGGUUUUGUAUCAACUGUUGUUAUAUAGUAAAUGUGACCACUCUGGUCAUGGCACAUGCGCUCUAGCCAACAGCUCGCAGAUAUAACCUACGUUAUGAGAUUAUUAUGGAUAAGAGCGCUAUUAUUUGUAUUUGUCAAACGGCAGCCAAGCAUCGAUCAUCAUGUCACCAGAAUAAGACCCUCGAUAUUUAUUGGAAAGGAACAUCAAGAUCGUCACCUUGCACAUUCACCACCCUGUGAAGUUCAUAAUGUAUAGACCCCUUUCUGUGUUUACAAACAUUGCCACACGAGGGCAAUCCGCGCGAGUUGGUGGCAGAACAAGGGGGAGUUCUAGAACGCCAGCAAAAAUAGCCUCUCUUUACAUGUUGUUUAUGAGUGCAUUUCACACAACUUUUGGAUUAUAAUUUGAUUGUAAGGCUCAUAUAAAUGUCCUGCUUAAAAUAAUGUUUGUCAUCAUCGCAAAUCAACUGCGUUAUACUUUAAAAACACUUCAACUUCAACCACUAAAAUGGCUCUUUGGCUAGCUUUUGCUACAGCCUAUAUCAAUGAGCGUUAGCAUUCUAGCUAACAACUGCUGCAUCCAAAUAGUUAUUUUGCAAAGAUCACAACCAAAUAUAAUAUUAGCGAAUGUUCAAUCAAGAACCAUAACAUAAUUGUAACGGUAUGAGAACCCCAACAAGUUAUUCUGUUUAGAAGUAAUAAAAACGUAAAUGUUGAAUGGGCGCAGAUGGCGAUAGCUUUCUUACUGCCGCUGGAAAAGGGUAUAUUCCAGCUGUAGCCUAAUAAACUGCAUGCUUUCCCAAGUCGUAGUGGGAGGACCACACAACAUAUUUACAUUUACGUCAUUUAGCAGACGCUCUUAUCCAGAGCAACUUACAUUAUUUUUUAUACCCCCGUGGGAAUCGAACCCACAACCCUGGCGUUGCAAACGCCAUGCCCUACCAACUGAGCUACAUCCCUGCCGGCCAUUCCCUCCCCUACCCUAGACGACGCUGGGCCAAUUGUGCGCCGCCCCUGGAUUCGAACCAGGAUCUCUAGUGGCACAGCUAGCACUGCGAUGCAGUGCCUUAGACCACUGCGCCACUCGGGAGUGACUCCAAGUUUACUUAGAUAUGAUGGUUAUUAUAUCAAUAUUUGUGCAUAAAGGCGUUUCACCGAUAUUUCUCAGUAUCGGAUACACUUUUAAGCCUGCUACGUUAGGUUAGAUAAACACAGACCGCAUAGACCUUGAGAGAGGAAUGUACACAACACAACGAUGAGAGGCACAUAGACAUUUCGUGAAAGUAUGCCUUAUCUACUUUGAAGAACUAGUCAAAUGAUUUCGUCAGACAUCUCUGCAGUUCGAAAUUUACUGGUGGGGGCUGGUCCCUCCCCUUGUACUGUAAAAAACACUGCAUACCCUCCGCCCUCAGAAUUAACUCAAAAUAAUGUUUACGACCACAAAUAACGAUAGCGACCCUGUGUUUAUAAAUAUGGAUAUCGACUUUGCCACUUCAGCAUGCUCUUGUGGCACAGUUGAUGCCAUGCAGGGUUAUGGGCCAGAAGGUACCACCACCACGGACAAGCUCACUUACUCUGUUUGUUUCAUUAGGCCUACACUACGAUCAAAACCGGCUGCAGACAUUGAUCAGCUAGGGGGAAAUCAGAUUUUCAACAUUUUGAUGCCAUAUUUAAUUUAUAAUGAUAUAAAAUAUCUGCAACAAAUUUUCCCCAACAGGUUUCUGUGCCAAUGAGUAGUGAGCCAGUGUAUCUAUGUAUGCAGAUGACUCAACACUAUACACGUCAGCUACAACAGCGACUGAAAUGACUGCAACACUUAACAAAGAGCUGCAGUUAGUUUCAGAAUGGGUGGCAAGGAAUAAGUUAGUCCUAAAUAUUUCAAGAACUACAAUCAUUGUAUUUGGGACAAAUCAUUCACUAAAUCUCAACUAAAUCUUGUAAUGAAUAAUGUGGAAAUUGAGCAAGUUAAGGUGACUAAACUGCUUGGAGUAACCCUGGAUUGUAAACUGUCAUGGUCAAAACAUAUUGAUACAACAGUAGCUAAGAUGGGGAGAAGUCUGUCCAUAAUAAAGUGCUGCUCUGCCUUCCUAACAACAAGGCAGGUCCUACAGGCCCUAGUUUUGUCACACCUGGAUUACUGUUCAGUAGUGUGGUCAGGUGCCACAAAGAGGGAUUUAGGAAAAUUUCAAUUGGCUCAGAACAGGGCAGCACAGCUGGCCCUUAAAAGUACACGGAGAGCUAACAUCAAUUAUAUGCAUAUCAAUCUCUCAUGGCUCAAAGUGGAGGAGAGAUUGACUUCAUCACUACUUGUUUUUGUAAGAGGUGUUGACAAGCUGAAUGUACUGAGCUGUCUGUUUAAACUAUUAGCACACAGCUCGGACACCCAUGCAUACCCCACAAGACAUGCCACCAGAGGCCUCUUCACAAUCCCCAAGUCUUGAACAGACUAUGGGAGGCACACAGUACUACAUGGAACUCUAUUCCACAUCAGGUAACUGAUGCAAGCAGUAGAAUCAGAUUUUUUUUUAAACAGGUAAAAAUACACUUUAUGGAACAGCAGGGACUGUGAAGAGACACACACAAAGGUACAGACACGCAUAUGCACACAAGCGCUUGGCAGCAGCUAAUGGGGAUCCCUAAUAAAUACAAAUACAAAUAAAAAGAACGUCAAUCUCGACAAACAGAAAAUAUAUCCCUCCUACCUUGUAGGCCUACCCAGUGUCAAGCCAAACCUUCGAUAAUCUCUGAAUGUCAUUCAACUUUUUGGUGUUUUUUAACAGAUGUCUCUUUCCAUUCAUCAAAUGGCCGCGCUGCACAGUUUGGAUUAAUUAGAUUUUUAUUUGCCAGUAAAAAAAAUUGUGCAUAUACAGUGAGGGGAAAAAAGUAUUUGAUCCCCUGCUGAUUUUGUACGUUUGCCCACUGUCAAAGACAUGAUCAGUCUAUAAUUUUAAUGGUAGGUUUAUUUGAACAGUGAGAGAUAGAAUUAAAAAAAAAAAAUUCCAGAAAAACGGAUGUCAAAAAUGUUAUAAAUUGAUUUGCAUUUUAAUGAGGGAAAUAAGUAUUUGACCCCUCUGCAAAACAUGACUUAGUACUUGGUGGCAAAACCCUUGUUGGCAAUCAGAGGUCAGACGUUUCUUGUAGUUGGCUACCAGGUUUGCACACAUCUCAGGAGGGGUUUUGUCCCACUCCUCUUUGCAGAUCUUCUCCAAGUCAUUAAGGUUUUGAGGCUGACGUUUGGCAACUCGAACCUUCAGCUCACUCCACAGAUUUUCUAUGGGAUUGAGGUGGAGACUGGCUAGGCCACUCCAGGACCUUCAUGUGCUUCUUCUUGAGCCACUCCUUUGUUGCCUUGGCCGUGUGUUUUGGGUCAUUGUCAUGCUGGAAUACCCAUCCACGACCCAUUUUCAAUGCCCUGGCUGAGGGAAGGAGGUUCUCACCCAAGAUUUGACGGUACAUGGCCCCAUCCAUCGUCCCUUUGAUGCAGUGAAGUUGUCCUGUCCCCUUAGCAGAAAAACACCCCCAAAGCAUGUUUCCAUCUCCAUGUUUGACGGUGGGGAUGGUGUUCUUGGGGUCAUAGGCAGCAUUCCUCCUCCUCCAAACACGGCGAGUUGAGUUGAUGCCAAAGAGCUCGAUUUUGGUCUCAUCUGACCACAACACUUUCACACAGUUCUCCUCUGAAUCAUUCAGAUGUUCAUUGGCAAACUUCAGACGGGCCUGUAUAUGUGCUUUCUUGAGCAGGGGGACCUUGCGGGCACUGCAGGAUUUCAGUCCUUCACGGCGUAGUGUGUUACCAAUUGUUUUCUUGGUGACUAUGGUCCCAGCUGCCUUGAGAUCAUUGACAAGAUCCUUCCGUGUAGUGCAUGCUUUCCAGAGUCUUAGUAGGAGGACCACACAACAUACCAUCACAUGACUCCAGGUUUACUUAGAUAUUAUGGUUAUUAUAUCAUAUUAUACAACGGGUGGGUCUAAUCCUGAAUGCUGAUUUGUUAAAACAGCAUUCCAGCCGGUGUCUAUUCCACAAGUUACCACUGGCUAAAUCUAUGAUGUGAAAAUUUACUCUGUUCCAUUUGGCUGCGCAAUCCACUCUCAUCAGCCCAGCCAAGCAAUUUAUAAACUUGAUCUCCACUAUAAAAAGCAUCUAGACAUUCUCACAUUUCUUUUAGACUAACAUUUUGUUUUCAACAGCGGAGAUUUGUAUAAACCUUGCUGUCUGUCUCUCCGACAUUUGUAACAUUGUUUCAAUAUUCAAAUUCGAUCUCCAGCUGUCCAAUAGUAAAGAACUCGGGAGUCGGGACGAGACAGACAGGCAGGCAGCGUUUCUCAGCCAGUCAAAAUCAUGAAUCAGCUGGCAUCAUUUUAAAGGAUAUAUACAAAUAAAUGUCAAUUGAAAAAAGGUAAAACGAAACGAAGUGCAGCUAGUUUGCAGUCUUUCCCGCUUCAGUUCGAAGUGAUUGUGUUAGCUGUGUUGUUGGCUAGCUCCUCUGAACAACAGAGUCCUGACGAGCGAGCACAUUUUCUAUGCUAGGCGAAAUCACGCCUCAUUAGCUCAUUGUUAUGGAUGUAUCCAAGUAAAUAUUGGCACGGUUUGCAAAAUGGCUUGACAAAAUAUAAUUCCAGCAUCCUCAAAAUGGCUUGACAUUAACCAAGUUUCCAUCCAACCUUUUUAUUCGAGUCAAGUACAUGUCGGAUAAAAAAAUGUAAUGACAGUCCUGAUGGAAACAGCAAAUGUCAGUAAACUUUCCAAAUGUCGACAAAAGAAAAUACGCUAGCAAGGUGGGAUCUUGUAUUAUGUGUGAAAUGGCGGUUAUUUAAGUGAUAAUGCCAGAGAAGCCAGUGUUUGGAGGAUAUAUUGGCAAGGGUGUUGCAAACUGUGCCAAUAUAUCCUCCAAACACCGGCUUCUCGAAAAAACACCUUGAUAUAGGUGAGGCGCAUGCAAGCAGAUGAGGAAAUUUGGCUAGCAUGGAAGACCUUAUAUAGUAAAACCUGCAAAAGAGCGAAUGUAAAUCAGGGGGAAAAAUGCACUACACUCCUGUGCCCAAUAAAACACCACCCUCCCCAAAGUUAGACAACUCUGCCCUAUUUUGGACCAGCCCUAAAUAUUUUAAUUUCAUUAUUUCAUAAUGCAUUUAAUGUAAAAAAUUAUAAUUGAAAACCGUUAUUUAUUUUUAAAUAAUCGAACCAACCUCUAAAAGUACUAAUCGCUCAGCACUACCCUACAAGUAGAAAAUACCUGGUAGACCAGUGGGAUCCAGGACCUUAUGAAGGAAGAUAUAGGAUUGGUUCGCUGAGCACUGGGCGGUACAUGGCCCCGUCCAUCGUCCCUUGCUCUUUCAGCUUGAAUAACCAGAUGAAUGAUGUGCUCCUCAGGGGUACGAGUAAGGAAGUGCAACGCAUUAAACCCACUCACAGUCAUUGUUUAUGAAGUGGGUUAUUUUGAUCUUGUUCUUUUGGCACAGUUGUAGAGAUGUCAGACUUCCCUCCCUUUUAGUGUGGGCAUCGCUGUGGUGUGCUGUGGUCCACUGAAGACAGGCAGAACGUGAACCCUGUGACUUCCUCCCACAGCACUGAGAUCCACAGUAAUACUGAUCAGAUAUGGCCCCCAUCUCGGCCUAGUGUUUUAGGGCCUCAUCAAACCAACCUAACAUUCCUAGCACAUUAGUCAGCUAAGUUACAGUAAGUGCUGCUAAGCAGUCUGGAACUAUUAUAGGUCAAGAUGCUUUUGUAAACAAUCAACACAUUUAGUGUUUCAUAGGCCUGCUUUUGACUCAGACGACUUUAGUUUUUUAAAAAGACGAUACAAAUGUCUUAAAGAUUGAAUUUACGAUUAUUGAAAGAGGGGCAUAGGAGGAGAAUAGCCUGGCUGAGUGAGUACCUGUUCCCCUGACUCAUGGAUGUGUCAUCCAGAGAGGAUCACUCCUCAUGUUUGCCACACUAUUUACUGCUUUCUCCUGUAAUUCAGUGGUUUCACAUAAAUGGCAAAGAAGACCAUACUCACCCACUUGUUGGUUAAAACAAAUAAAAGAUAAACAAAUUCAUGCCCCCUUGGCAGAACAGAUAUUCGAAGAACGUCACUAUUUUCACAACUCACAUACACAGAACACUUUGUCAAGCAUUCUGUCAGGCUAAAACACUGUUGCACAAAUUACUUGAAUAUUUGGAGUAAGAGGGUAUCAGCUACUUUACUCAAGAUGAGUUUGUUUGAGAGGAAAAUAGGUAAUGUAGCACACAUGGGUUUCUAGUAGUCCUACAUUGAUUGCUUUGGGGAUUUGUUGUGUUGGAUAUGAUGUUGUAGAGAUUUUUGUUAAAAGGUCUCUAAAAAAUCUGUUUGAGGAAUUUCAACAUUUUAAGACAAUGACAGGAAUGUGCCAAUCACACUUGAAUGUUGUGCAAUGCUGAUAGUCAUAGCAUUUGCAGCCUCAGCCCUCCUUCUGAUGUCUUCUUCGUACACCUUUCCACACACUCCUUGGUUGGAACAGAUUUAUUAGGAAAACCAUCAGAUUGUAGUCUGUUUCCCAAUCCCAGUUGGAUGUGGUGUCAUCAACAACAGUGUAUGCUUGAGAAUCUCAGUUUGGAUCUGGAAAUAUGCUUGAGGAUGGCCAAAGAUGAGACAAAGGUAAAAUGUUAUUAUAACAACUCUCUCUCCAAACCUGAAGAAAAGCUUCCUGGUAAAGAAUCUUCUUGUGGUAUGUCUCCCCAGUGAAAUGUUAUUCUGGUAUUCAUGAAGGAACACUUUGUUCUCAAUGACCCUGCUCUAGUGUUUUUCUCUCUCUUUAAGCCCUCUGCAAGAAUUCCAUCUGCUUUUAUAAGAUGGAGGUUUGGUCCUUUAGUAGCUAUAUAUGUUCCAGGAGGAUGAUUAUGUAAGGGCUGUGACAUGACAGUGUUUCUCAGUGUUGUGGAUUAAUCCUUAACUGAGGAGCAUUGCCAGGUGGUAAGACAUGUUUUGUGGACCUGUGUGUGUUGCUGUCUUGUGAUUUUGUUUCUUUAAUCUCACCACAUAAACAGUGUUUUUAGUGCCAGUAAGAAUAGCCUCCAGGGGAAUGAAUAACCCAAUCUACAGUAUCACAUUUAACUCUGUGUUUUUCCAGCAUGUCUCCUAGCGCCUGAAGCUAUAUGUGUACUUUAUGGGAAAAUAAAGUAACAGUUUUACUUCUGGAAGAGGAGCCAUGAAAAUGUUCAAUUUUAAAACAGUCAUAACCCCUCCACUGCCCUCCCAUUUAAAGCUAAAGUACAGUAUGUCUCUGCUAGUUCUCAUCUCCUUUCAUUAUUCUAUUCAAAUGGUUAGGAAAAGCAGGGGAACUGUGUUGCCAAGGAAACACUCGCCUCUGCAGCAAAAAAUACAUUCCUCAGUAAUGGCGUAGGGAAUAUCUCAUUUUUAUUGUUCUGGUGGCUCUAGGCUCGGCUAAAGAGUAUUUGAAAUUAUUAUUUUUACCUGUGAACCUCUAACUAUUUGUGGUGUCACGGGGUGGGAGAGAAUAUUUUUAUUUUCUUGGACAGAGGUGGAUUUACAGAUUUGGCGUUUAGAGAGGUUCGAAAGGUACUGUAUGUGGCUCGCAGCCGGUGGCCUCAGUACUGUUUCACUAGCUUUAUAAACGUCAGGAGUAGACCAUCCUAGAUGUUUUGUGUUCAGUAAUGAAGUAGAAUGUAGGUUACUGUCUUGGGCAAUAGUGUCCAUUUGAAUUGCCUUUCUAAAGUAGUUUCCUAAUGCUCAGGGUUGAAUAUUGAUUGGGGAGGACCAGGGAGCCAAUGACCGGACUCAAGAAGUCUACUUCCAGGGACAAGAGGUAAUGGAUGUUUUAACAUUAAUUUUAUUAUUUUUCUCUGCAGCAACGGGAAGCCAACCGGCCAAAGCCCAAAAUGGGGACUUCAGCAGCGGUCAAGCUGCCAUCCAAUCGCAGUGCGUCUGGCGCCAGACGCAGGAGAACACGCUGCCGAAAGUGUGAGGCGUGCCUCCGAACCGAGUGUGGAGAAUGUCACUUCUGUAAAGACAUGAAGAAGUUUGGAGGACCAGGGCGCAUGAAGCAAUCCUGUAUCAUGAGGCAGUGCAUUGCAGUGAGUAAAGCCAUAGUAACCACACAGGCUUUUCAUCAUUCAUACUAUUUAGCAGAUAGUUCAGUUAGUCAAUAUUGUCUUAUCCAGUGCUACAGUGCUGUGCCACAAAUGCAAAAGACUGCAUUUGACAUGAAAACCAUAAUGACAGGUUCACAGUUCAGGGUCUGAAAGAAGGGUCAGUGUAAGCGAGAACCAACCAGAAGUACAAUGAUACCGAGCGAGACCUCAGGAAGUUUUUGCAACAGUAUGACUCAUUCAUGUGUAACAUUUUCUUGAUUCUUUUGAGUCCAUUCAGUGGAUAUUUGUUUACGGCUUGGCAUAGUUGCCAAUGUCUGUUAAUGAUUCUCCUAAAACAGGAAAAAGACCAGUAGCAGCUUAUCAACACUAUUUGUGUCACUGAAUGUGUUUUUGUGUUUGUCCUUUGCAGCCCGUCCUGCCCCACACAGCUGUGUGUGUGGUGUGCGGAGAAGCAGGGAAGGAGGACACAUUGGAGGAGGACAAGUUCAAUGUCAUGCUCAUGGAGUGCUCCAUCUGCAAUGAGAUUGUCCACCCCAACUGCUUAAAGGUGAGACAGGAUGAGCAUGUCGAGUCGUGACUGAACACGACCAUGACUGAACACAAGGCCAAGCCUCCAUCUGAUGAGUUUGAUGAUUCAUAAUUUUUGUGAGUGAGAUUCACCUGAAUGUUUAUGAUACGGUUGAGUGAUUCAUAUGCUUUGUGACACACAAGUGAGGGCAAUAUCCUGGAAUGUUUGCCUUUGUACAAACGGCAGGUGAUUCACUGUGUUUGACUGUCAAACUGUUUUACAAGGCAGCUUGAUGAGUCAUUGGUGUGGUGGGGACUUCCUGUUGUUGUUUGACACUGAACCACCUCAUCACAUUCCCUCCUCCAGCUUGACUUGCAGUAGGCUGUGUCCAGUUGAAAUCACAUGAUGCUAGAAUACCACUUUGCAGUGUUGUUGACAUUGCCGGGUGGAGCCGGAUGCAAAUAAAAUGUAAAGCGGCUCAUGCACUCUUAGCAACCAUUCUACCAAAGCAUAACAUGUCAUAGCAUGUCCUUGCUCGAACCUGUUCUAAUGAAGGGAGGUUGUGAUCUACAUCAAAUAUUAGGAACACAGCCUUUGUAUUUGUGGUAUUCCAGGCACAUAACACACUUGUGGUAAGGUAUUUCUGAAGAAUAUUUAUUUUUCAUUUUGAUAAGACUUUGUGAGUCUUUAUAUGUUAGAGGUUGUUGUUUGCUAGAGUUUCUCACUUUUUGAAAUGUGUCAGAAAAUAAAGUGUUAAACUGCCUCACAUAAAGAGGUCACAACAGUCACACUUUCAGUUCCCUGUUCAUUUCUCUCUGUGGUGAACACAUUGUACAUUAGACUGACUCCCCUUCUGCCCUUCUCUUCUUAACUCUCUAUUUUACUUCAUGCUUUUCAGGUAAAAGAUGCCUCUGGCGUGGUGAACGAUGAACUUCCUAACUGUUGGGAAUGUCCCAAAUGCAACUAUGCUGGGAAAACCGGAAAAGUGAGUACCUACAAAUGUAGGAUCUUAAUUUGAGCCAGUUUGCUACAGCAGGAAAAUAAUCCUGCAGCAAAAGGAUAUGUGAAUUAUUAUGUGGAUUAUAUUUAAUGGAUAUUUUGUAGGGGUUGAUACAUUUGAAAUUAUAAACUUCAGAAGCCUUUUUAAACAUCAAAUGCACUACAAGUUUAAAAUGUCCUGCAACAGGGUGAUCAUACAUCUAUAUAUGAAUGCAUCAUUUUGAGGUCUUACUGUAGGCAGCCUAUCAUAGAAUACUAUCUAUUCUCAAGUUCAUUAGCAUUAAUAUGAAAUGGAUAUUUCUGAUUUUAGUUUACCCUUUCGCCAAAGAUAAAGCACACACCAAUUUUGUCAUCUGAUGUUGGAUUAGGAAACAGUGCUGUGAACCACUCCAAAUAAUGUCUUUACUUUGUGGUUUCUUACUUCCUGUUCAUCUACUUACUAUAUCACAUGGUUCAAUGCCUUGUUUCUGUUACACGGGAAGGAAACCAACACCUAAUUCUCUAGAAGUGGCACCGUCACAGUCUAAGUAGUUUUUACAAUGUCUGACUUGUUUCACCAUUGUGAAACAAGUACAGUAGCUCAGUUUGGUGACCCUGUCGUGAUAGGCAAAAUAUAUAAAGUUGUCUUCCCUGUUUUUCCACCUUUUGGUCUGCAAGCAAAAAAGGGGACCAGGAUUCAAGUAUGCGUCUAACCUCCCUGGCUCCCUGCUGAAGGAGCAGAAGGCAGUCAAGGAGGAGGGCGAGUCCACAUCCACCUCUACGUCUACAGCCAAGAGGAAGCCUGAAGGGGAUGAGACCCCCAGACACAGACCUGAGGAACGGGAGCCCCUCCACAGACACCCCCCUGUCCUGACCCCCAGCACCCUGCCUCGGCCCAGACCUGAGGACAAACUGAGGAAGAAGAGGAAGCUCUUCGACGAUGAUGAGGAAGAGGACUUCAGUGUGAGGAAGAAGGUAGAGAGACUGAUUUCAUAAUGCAGUUUCUGUUUGUGUCUGUUAGUACAAUGUUACUCAUUGACUAUGGAUGGCCAUUUUCAUGCUGUGCCAAGCAACUCCUUUUGUAAAAUGUUUGGAUGUUGAUAUGUGCUCUGGUAUCCAUAGUUGAACAUGCUCUCUAACUAAACCUCCCUCUCCCCCACAGGGAAAGUCAGAUGAAACUCUGUUCCCCAAACUCCUUCAUCAGAUCAAGACUGAGGAGGAGGAAGUGGAUGAGAAGGAGAAGGACUCUCUGUUCUGGCGAGGCCUGGAGAGGAGAGUGCGUUUAGGAGAUACCGAGGACGAGGCAGAGGACAGGGAUGACGAGGACACAAAGACAAACCUGCCAAGGCCUCCUCUCAAAACUCCUGUUCUAGACAGUGACCAGUCUCACUGCAGCUCUCCACAGGCUGGCCCCAGCAGCGAGGGGGGCAGUGAACCCCAGGAGAAGGGCCCACGCCCCAAAGCACGCCGCAAACGCCGUUUACCCAACAAGGAGCUGAGCAAAGAGCUGAGCAAAGCACUGAACCAGGAGAUCCAGAAGACUGAGAACUGCCUAGCCAAUGAGAACCGCCAGCCCCUCAAGGUGGAGCCAGAGAGUGAGAAUGAGGAGCCCAAGAGGGGCUUCCGCAUCGGCAGUGACCUGGGAGGGGAGCGCCCCCACCUCCGGACCAAGGAAAUGAACGGCACCCCCUGGGAGCUGCGCCACUUCUACCCCAGCCAGAUCACCCCUCUGGGCUUCAACAGGAGCUCCCCUGGUACCCGGCCCCUGCCCCCACGCUCCCCACCCAAGUGUGUCCAAAUGGAGCGUCACGUCAUCCGGCCACCCCCCAUCAGCCCCCCGCCGGACAGACUGCCCCUGGUGGAUGGGAAGACCCAUGCGGUGCAGCGAGAGAUCUGGAUGAAGAUCUUUGGACACUUCACACACAAGGAGCUGUGUGUCUGCAUGUGUGUCUGCAAGACAUGGAAUAGAUGGUUAGAGCUCUUUUACUAUUCCCACUCAGAUUUUUACUUUACAUUGAGGGCCUAUAAAACAUAAAUGAAAGAUGCGUUAUAAAAGUAGCUCUCACGAGCCAAACUGAGUCCCUGAAAUUUGUGCACAAUUGUGUAUGUCAUCCAUUUCGUAUGAUGUGUUACGUCCUGUAUAUUUUUUUUUUAGGAAUUCCAAUUCGUAAAAUAUGUUACUAAUUUGUAAGUGCUUAAGAUCCCGUUCAAUCUCUUUUAACACUUACAUUCAAAUAUACUAAUUAUCUAGAACAUAGUGAAUUUUAGUCCAAGCCAGAUAGUGACUGUGUAUCUCUAUUGUCUAUUUCUGACAGGUGCUGUGAUAAAAGACUGUGGACCAACAUUGAUCUGAACCGCUGUAAAUCUAUCACUCCCCUCAUGCUGAGUGGCAUCAUCCGCAGACAGCCCCUCUCACUGGACCUCAGCUGGACCAACAUCUCCAAGAAGCAGCUGGGCUGGCUAAUUAACCGCUUACCAGGUACAUACCAGGACCAUGUGAACCUCUGAUCUAUGGGAGAGAAAUAUGUUUUGGCUAGACACUAGAGCAGGGGUGUCAAACUCAUUUUAGCUCAGGGGCCACAUGGAGGAAAAUCUAUUCCCAAGUGGGCCGGACCGGAAAAAUCAUGGUAUAUAUAACUUAAAAACAACAACUUCAGAUUGUUUUCUUUGUUUUAAUACGAUCAACAUCCAACAUAAAGCUGGAGCCUGAGGACAGUGUGUCCAAAAUAGUACAAGCACAACAUCACUAUUAAUCAUAAAACACGUCAAGUUUAUUUGAAAAUUCUAAAGAAAAAGAACACACAAACACACAAUGCCUCAGUGAUUAACAUAACUGUUUCACAGAUCACAGAACUAUAUCAGGGUGUCAUUUCUCAGGCAGAAAUGUAGAUAAAAAUAAUGAAAUCCUGUUCCCCAAACAAGUGCAAGAACCACAGAGUCAAGAAUAGGUUAAAUAUACAAAUAAAAUAAAAUCAUUAAAAACAAUAGCACAUCAACAUAAAAACAUAUAAACAUAAAGCUGGAGCCUGAGGACAGUGUCCAAAAGCACAACAUCACUAUUAAUCAUAAAACACCUCAAGUUAUUUGAAAGUUCUGAGGACAAAGAACACACAAACACACAAUGCCUCAGUGAUUCACAGAAGUAUAUCACAGAUCACAGAACUAUAUCAGGGUGUCAUUUCUCAGGCAGAAAUGUAGAUAAAAAUAAUGAAAUCCUGUUCCCCAAACAAGUGCAAGAACCACAGAGUCAAGAAUAGGUUAAAUAUACAAAUAAAAUAAAAUCAAUUAAAAACAAUAGCACAUCAACAUAAAAACAUAUAAACAUAAAUCUGAAAGCGUUGCUCAAACUCCCGUAACAGUCCAGUUAUUUUAUCUUUGAACCGCUUCAUGUCUGCCACAUGUUGGGUCGCGCACACAUUUUUCAGACAGGGGAAGUGAGCUGCAUCACCACCGGCAAGUUGCGUCUCCCACAAUGACAGCUUCAACUUGAAAGAACGUAUGCUGUCAUAAUACUGCGUGACAACUUUGUUGCGCCCUUGCAGCUGUUUGUUCAAGUUAUUGAGGUGCUCUGUAACAUCCACCAUAAAUGCAAGGUCCGGCAUCCAUUCUGCGGAAUGAAAUUCUAACACUGGUUUGCCCUUUUCUUCCAUGAACUGUUCAAUUUCUUCUCGUAAAUCAAAGAAACGCCUCAGCACAGCACCUCGGCUUCUGAUUCAGGCUUCUGGAUCGGAUGAAAUUAACAGUUUGGAUGACCACCUUCAUGACGUUAUCCAUCUUUAAUGACUUGCAACACAAAGCCUCCUGGUGCAAAAUACAGUGAAAAGUCAAAAAAUCACGUCCUCCAUUUGCAGAUUGCACUUUCUCUCUGAACUUUGUCACAACGCCUGCUUUUUUCCCGAUCAUUGAGGGCGCACCAUCUGUAGCCAGGCUGACAGCGCGGGACCAGUCCACUCCGACCCUGUCCAGCGCGCCGACGAGUGCGGUAAAAAUAUCAGCUGCUGUCGUUGUAUCUGUCAUCGGCACCAACUCCACGAACUCCUCGGUGACGGUCAAUGUGUCAUCAACUCCGCGGAUGAAAAAAUGGCCAGUUGUGCAACAUCUGUAAUGUCCGUGCUUUCAUCAAUUGCAACCGAAAACGCAAUAAAUGACUUUACUUUUUGCUUCAACUGGCUGUCCAAAUCCACUGAAAGAUCGGAAAUCCUGUCUGCAACUGUGUUUCUUGUCAGGCUGAUAUUUGCAAAAGCCUGCCGCUUUUCAGGGCACACAAUCUCCGCUGCCUUCAUCAUGCAUGUUUUUACAAAUUCACCCUCACUAAAUGGUUUUGAAGCCACUGCGAUUUCAUUAGCAAUGAGGUAGCUAGCUUUCACUGCAGCGUCACUGAUGUCUCGGCUGUGAGUAAACACAGACUGCUGUUUCUUCAGACCCGCCAACAGUUCAUUCACCUUCUCUCAUCUCCGCUGUCCUUGAAAGUUGUCAUAUUUGUCGGCAUGAAGACUCACAUAGUGGCGACGAAGGUUAUAUUCUUUCAGCACUGCAACAUGCUCUGAACACACCAAACAUACAGCUUUCCCAUUCAAUUCCGUGAUUAAAUAGGAUGACCAUUUUUCUUGGAACACUCUGCACUCUGCGUCCACUUUUCUCUUUUUUGACAGAGACAUAUUGGGGCAAUGAGGGUGCCAAAGCACAUAAUGUUAAAAGUAGAAGCCGUAAUAAAUAUCGCGGGCAAAACAAAGUAGCUCAUUGGCUGCACGUGCUUGACCUACUUGCUCUGCCCCGGUAUAAACAGUUUGCUUGCUUAACACAAUUGCUAUUGCGCCAUCCAGUGGACGCAAUUGGAACAGCAGUUUAUUUUAUUGAAAAAUUGCAGCGCAUUUUUAUACUUAAAUAAAAAUAAAUUUUUUUUUUAUUUUUUAUUAUUAUUAAUUUUUUUUAAAUCAUCUCGCGGGCCGGAUUAAACCCGUUUGCGGGCCUGAUCCGGCCCGCGGGCCGUAUGUUUGACACCCCUGCACUAGAGACUGUCCACCCCUCUAUGUGAUUGUGUCUGUUGAAACCCUUCGGACACUACACCGCUCUGUGUCCUGCAGGUCUGCGGGUGUUGCUGCUCUCAGGGUGCUCGUGGGUGGCUGUAUCUGCCCUCUGCACCUCUAGCUGCCCUCUGCUGCGCACCCUGGACGUGCAGUGGGUGGAGGGGCUCAAAGAUGCCCAGAUGAGGGACCUGCUCUCGCCACCGACCGACAACAGACCAGGUAACCACCGGCAACAAGAGGGGAGAGUUAGAUGAAAUUGACAUGACUGUAUUAUAGCAGCCUCUGGUGGUUCUCCUGGGUGUGACAGGACUGGGAGGCUUUUCUUUCUAAAAACCCAUUAGGCAGACAAUAUGAGUGUAUCUUAAAGGAUGUUAACGAAAAUGAAUGAGAUUACUCACCAUGCUUGACUGCGAGAUGGGAAAUCACUCCUAUUUUAUUCCUGCUGUCCACCCUCAGGUCAGUUGGACAACCGCUGUAAGCUGAGGAACGUUUUGGACUUGUGUCUGGCCGGACUGGACAUCACAGACACCUCUCUGCGUCUGAUUAUCAGACAUAUGCCGUUACUUUCCCGACUGGACCUGAGCUAUUGCAACCACAUCAACGACCAGUCGGUCAACCUGCUGACGGCCGCAGGGACAACAACCAGAGAUUCCCUCACAGAGAUCAACCUGUCAGGUAGGAACCCUCAGUCAGUCACACCACUCUCACAACCUCAGUAUUAGCACUUGGGGCUAGAGUAAUACAGCACCGCAGAGGCUCAUUUUAUUUACUCUGCUAUGUCACUUUUUUUUCUUCUUUUUUUACCUUCGGAUGACAAAAAUAAACUUUUGUUUUUACAGCUUUUUCUUUUGUUGUUACAUGUACAUUCUAAACACAUUUUAGAAUCAUGCCACUUAUUUUUUUACAGUAGUUACAUAGCAAGAAUAAAGUAAUUUCAUAUACAUUACAUCUGGAUAGAUAGUAAUUAUACAUUGUCUUUUCAGUCAUAACUAUUAUAGAACGAGCUAUUUCACUUAUUUUGUGUCUUCAUAUUAAAGAAUAUAGAAGAUGUAUUUAUUCUAUGUCUUAUCUUGAUUUUAGUUUAUUUAUUUAUUAUAAUUUGCAAGUCUUUGUUGCAUUUAGGCUUCAUAAUAUUCAAUCUGGCUCUCUACUUGUUUUCUCAUGCCUGGCUCUGUUUUUGUCUCCCCCUCCAGUUUGUAAUAGGGUGACAGACCAUUCCCUUACCUUCUUCAAGCGCUGUGGAAGCAUCUGUCACAUUGACCUGCGCUAUUGCAAACAGGUGACCAAGACUGCCUGUGAACAGUUCAUAGCAGAGAUGUCUGUGAGUGUACAGUUUGGACUCAAAGAGGACAAAUUACUGCAGAAACUCAGCUAGACACUGACAUUAAGGCCAAAAUGUACACAGCAAAAAAGAACUACCCUUUUUACUAAAUGGAGCAAGACAAGGUUUCCCCCAUCAAGCCUGCACUGGUUGGUUUUGUAUAUUUAUUUCCUCUUCAUUGGAGAAUCUACUGUAUUAGAUUUGUGAACGAACAAUGUCACAU